CGCGCCGCCCAGGCUCCUGGCCGGCUGUCCCCGUCCGAGAUGCCCACCAACGGCCUCCACCAGGUGCUGAAGAUCCAGUUUGGCCUCGUCAACGACACCGACCGCUACCUGACGGCCGAGAGCUUCGGCUUCAAGGUCAACGCCUCGGCGCCCAGCCUCAAGCGGAAGCAGAUCUGGGUGCCUCUGUUCGACCUGGAGGAGAGUCACCCGCAGGUGGUGCUGGUGGCUGCCAACCGCCGCUACGUGUCCGUGCGGCAAGGGGUCAACGUCUCAGCCAACCAAGACGAAGAGCUGGACCACGAGACCUUCCUAAUGCAAAUUGACCGGGAGACAAAGAAGUGCACCUUCUAUUCCAGCACCGGGGGCUACUGGACCCUGGUCACCCACGGGGGCAUCCAGGCCACAGCCACGCAAGUUUCGGCCAGCACCAUGUUCGAGGUGGAGUGGCGCGGCCGGCGGGUGGCCCUCAAGGCCAGCAAUGGGCGCUACGUGUGCAUGAAGAAGAACGGACAGCUGGCGGCCANGCCGAGUCUGCUGGGGGAGCCCUUCCGCCCGAGCGCCCAGGCCAGGACCGGACGGCUCCCCGCAGGCCAGGACGAGGAGUUCGUCCUCAAGCUCAUCAACCGGCCCAUCCUGGUGCUGCGCGGCCUGGACGGCUUCGUGUGCCACCGGCGCGGCUCCAACCAGCUGGACACCAACCGCUCCGUCUACGACGUCUUCCACCUG